AUGGCCGAGAUUGUGGAGCAGCGGAUCGAGGACCGGCUCCCCGAGUUCGAGCAGCUGGAGCGUGUCGGGCUGUUCACCCGAAAAGAGAUCAAGGCUAUAAUUAAGAAAGUUUCCGCUCUAGAAUACAAAAUUCAAAGAAGAGCUCUUUUCAAAGAGGACUUUAUCAGUUAUAUUCAGUAUGAAAUUAAUCUUCUGGAACUAAUCAAGAAGAGAAGAGCGCGUACCGGCUAUUCAUUUAAAAAGGAAGAAAUAGAGUAUUCCAUUAUACGCCGCAUACAGGGCGUGUUCAGACGCGCCACAGCCAAGUGGCAGGAUGACAUUCAGCUUUGGCUUUCUCACGUGGCCUUUUGCAAGAAGUGGAAUAUGAAAACCCAGCUCAGCAAGCUGUUCUCUUCUCUGUUGGCUAUUCACCCGAACAAACCAGCUUUGUGGAUUAUGGCAGCUAAGUGGGAAAUGGAGGAUCGCCUGUCUUCCGAAAGUGCCCGGCACUUGUUUCUCCGUGCUUUGCGUUUUCAUCCCGAGUCUCCCAAACUUUACCAAGAAUAUUUUAGGAUGGAGCUGAUGCAUGCUGAGCGGCAGAGGAAGGAAAAGCAAAUGUUUGAACAAGCCAAUAUGACUUUGGAGCAGUUCACUUUUCCUGAGGAGCUCUUUAAGGGAAGAUUGGCACAAGUCAUCUUUCAUGAAGCAGUGAAGAAAAUCAAAGGGGCUGAAUUUCACCUUUCCCUACUUUCGAUUGCAAAACUAUUUGACUUCACCCAAGAUCUACAAAAAGAAAUUUACGAACACCUACAGACUCUGCAUGCAGAUGACCCACUCACCUGGGACUUUGUGGCCAGGCAGGAGCUAGAGGUGAAGCCCGAGCCGUCGGCAGAACCUGUGCCCAAAAAGGCAAAAGCAGGCGAGGUAGGGCAGAAGGAGGAGCGGUGCUGUGCGGUCUUCGAAGAGGCAGUGAAAGCCCUGCCAACAGGGGCCAUGUGGAAAUGUUACGUCAACUUCUGCCUGGAGAGGUCAAAUAGGAAAACAAAUAGCAAAGACCUCAGAGAGAAGAGGCUGGAAAGGACCAUGGCGUCGUUCAGAAGGGCCCACGAGGAGAAGCUGUUGCCCGAGUCUCUGUACAAGCAGUGGCUGGAAUUGUUGCUGGAGCAGAACUUCUCCCAGAUGGCAAUGGAUGUGGCCCUGGCUGUGACCGACCUCUACCGAGAAUCGGUGGACAUGUGGCAGUUGAGACUGCAGGUGCUGAUCCAGCUGAAGAGCGGGGACAUCGCCAAGAAUUUUGAGGAAGCCUUUCUCAAACUGCCAGCCAAGGACUGCUUACCAAUAUGGAUCUUGUGGGUGGAGUGGAGUGAGGGUGCAAACAGCAAGGAAGACACGGAAGCUCUCUUCAAGAAAGCUGUCCUUAGUCCUGCAUCUGCCAUCUCGGUGACAUUGAAGGAGAAAUACCUUGACUGGGCCUACCGGAUUGGGGGAUACAAAAAAGCCAAGAAAGUUUUCAUCAGUCUGCAUGAGAACCGCCCGCUGUCGAUCAGCUUCUUCAGGAAGAUGAUCCAGUUUGAAAAGGAACAAGAAGUCUGUAAAAUGGUGAACUUGAGAGAAUAUUAUGAGCGGGCCUUGAGGGAGUUUGGUUCUGUGGAGUCCGAUCUCUGGCUAGACUACAUUAAAGAAGAGUCGACUCACCCACAGGGCAAGCUAGAGAACUGUGGUCAGAUCCACUGGAGAGCGAUGAAGAUGUUGCAGGGCGGGCUGGUGGAGGAGUUUGUAGCCAAGUACACUUUGCUGCAGAUUGGUCACUUGUAAAAGGGUGAAGUGGGAACCGGCACACUUGAGCAUUAUUUACGUGAACGUGAUGAGCACAAUUACAGCCUGUGUUAAUCUAGAGGCAAGGUUUGCCGGCUUGUUUAUUCUCAAACAGACAAAUAUUUAAACCAA